GUACAAAUAAAUUAAGAGAAAUAUUAUGCCAAAUAACUUUAAAAACCAGAAUUGAUGUUAAUGUACAUAAAAUCACAAAUCACAGUGCACGAAGAACUGUGAUUAUAAUUUUAAAAGCUUCAGAUAUACCUGAAAAUGAGAUAAUGUGUUUUUCUGGUCAUAAAUCACAUGAAGGAGUUAAAACAUAUAGCAAACCCACUGAUAAUCAACAAUUAAGAUCAAUGGCAACACUAAUUCUAUAUACAACAAUUGGUAAAAAUCUUGAAGAAUUCUAUUCUUAUCUGGGUAAUUUGUAUACUCAUAAAUCUGAUAGUGAGGAUAACAAUAAUAAUGUUGUAAGUAGUAACUAUGUAGAUAAAAAUAAUAUGAAUGAUAAGCGUGUAGUUGAAAAUGAAUACAAAA